AUGUACGCGCCCGUGAGCGAGACGGACCCGAUGCUCCUGAGCCCCAGCGGUGGCAAAGAGCGCCGCUCGCCGCCUUCCAGCGCCGUCAGUAGCAUGCGUCUCGAGGCUCCUACCGCCAAGUGCAACGAUGCCUUCUUCGCCGUCGUGUUCCUAGCCAACGUUCUUAUUCUAGGCAUUUUGGCCUUCUGGAAAGGAGUGCCUGCCUUAAAAGAAGACAUGGGUAGGAACAGGAGUGAUGGUCGUAUUCCGCAAGGACACUCCGUAGCGUGGACGAUGAUUGGUCUACUCUGCGUGGUCGGCACUGUGCUAUCUUUAGCCUGGAUUAAGCUACUGAUGUCCUACGCGUCCUCUAUGAUUAGGGUCGCGCUCUGGCUUAAUGUAGGCAUGGUGUUGGCCUUCGCUGUGUCCACCUUCUCGGUCAACGUAUGGGCUGCUCUGUUCUUCCUGUUCAUGGCUGCUAUCAACGUGUGGUACAUCUACGCAGUCCAGAACCGGAUCGGCUUCGCAUCGGCCAAUUUAAAGGCAGCCUGUGCAGGUUUAAAACAGCACUCGGCCGUGUUCGUGGUGGCCUUCGUCCUAGUAUUGCAACAACUCGUCUGGAUAUACGAUGACGCAUUGUGCAGUUGA